AUGUCCUCUGCACGCUUGACAGGUUUACAAAAGUACCCUCCAGUUCCUCUGUGCGCCCUGACAGAACACGUCCAGCGACUAAAAGCCAACAAGAAUCAGCGCUUCACUCAGGAGUAUGAGUGUAUUGAUCCAUGUCAGCAAUUCACCUGGCAGCACUCCAACCUGGAUGUGAACAAGGCCAAGAACCGAUAUGCCAAUGUAAUCGCCUACGACCACAGCCGGGUGCUGCUCCGCCAUGUGGAUGGGGUUCCUGGCAGUGAUUACAUCAAUGCCAACUACAUUGACGGCUACAGAAAACAGAGAGCCUACAUCGCCACCCAGGGGCCACUGCUGGAGACGCUGGGGGACUUCUGGAGGAUGGUGUGGGAACAAAACGUCCAUGUUAUCAUCAUGAUAACACGCUUGGAGGAGAAUUCUAGAGUCAAGUGUGAGCAGUACUGGCCCAGCCGUGGCACAGAGACCUAUGGCGUUAUCAGUGUGAGCGCUGUGGCGACAGUGGAGCUGGCCACUCACAGUAUGCGCACCUUUGUUCUGCACAAGGUUGGCAGCAGUCUGAAAAGAGAAGUCCGUCAGUUCCAGUUUUUGGCGUGGCCAGAUCAUGGCGUACCCGAGUAUCCCACACACAUACUGGGCUUUCUGAGCAAGGUCCGGGCCUGGAAACUCUCAGACACUGGCCCUGUUGUGGUGCACUGCAGUGCGGGAGUGGGCCGGACCGGAUGCUUCAUUGCCAUAGACGCCAUGCUGGAGAGGAUGCAGCAGCAGCAGUCUGUGGACAUAUAUGGCCAUGUGACGUACAUGCGGGCACAGAGGAACUACAUGGUCCAGACGGAGGAGCAAUACGUGUUCAUCCAUGACGCACUGCUGGAGGCUCUUACCUGUGGCCACUCAGACGUCCCUGCUCGAUGUCUCCAAGCACAUGUGCACAAGCUGAACCAGCCCGAGAACGGCCACAACAGUAACGCCAUGGCCAUUGAGUUCAAGAAGCUAAGCAGCUGUCCUGUACAGGCCUUCACAUUCAUCAGUGCUACUUUACCGUGCAAUAAAUCCAAGAAUCGACUGGAGACUGUCCUGCCGUUUGAGGCAAGCCGCGUGAGGCUGCAACCGCUCAGAGGCCUGCAGGGCUCAGACUACAUAAACGCCAGCUUCAUCGAUGGAUACAGGUCUGAAAGCAUCUCACCUAGAGGGAGGGGCCCAGGUGAGGAGACAGACCAGGAGGAGACAGACCAGGAGGAGACGGACCAGGAGGAGACAGACCAUGAGGAGACAGACCAGGAGGAGACAGACCAGGAGGAGACAGACCAUGAGGAGACAGACCAGGAGGAGACAGACCAGGAGGAGACAGACCAUGAGGAGACAGACCAGGAGGAGACAGACCAGGAGGAGACAGACCAGGAGGAGACAGACCAUGAGGAGACAGACCAGGAGGAGACAGACCAGGAGGAGACAGACCAGGAGGAGACAGACCAGGAGGAGACAGACCAUGAGGAGACAGACCAGGAGGAGACAGACCAGGAGGAGACAGACCAGGAGGAGACAGACCAGGAGGAGACAGACCAUGAGGAGACAGACCAGGAGGAGACAGACCAGGAGGAGACAGACCAGGAGGAGACAGACCAUGAGGAGACAGACCAUGAGGAGACAGACCAUGAGGAGACAGACCAGGAGGAGACAGACCAGGAGGAGACAGACCAUGAGGAGACAGACCAGGAGGAGACAGACCAGGAGGAGACAGACCAGGAGGAGACAGGCCAUGAGGAGACAGACCAUGAGGAGACAGACCAGGAGGAGACAGACCAGGAGGAGACAGACCAGGAGGAGACAGACCAGGAGGAGACAGACCAGGAGGAGACAGACCAGGAGGAGACAGACCAUGAGGAGACAGACCAUGAGGAGACAGACCAGGAGGAGACAGACCAGGAGGAGACAGACCAUGAGGAGACAGACCAGGAGGAGACAGACCAGGAGGAGACAGACCAGGAGGAGACAGACCAUGAGGAGACAGACCAGGAGGAGACAGACCAGGAGGAGACAGACCAUGAGGAGACAGACCAUGAGGAGACAGACCAGGAGGAGACAGACCAGGAGGAGACAGACCAGGAGGAGACAGACCAGGAGGAGACAGACCAGGAGGAGACAGACCAGGAGGAGACAGACCAGGAGGAGACAGACCAGGAGGAGACAGACCAGGAGGAGACAGACCAUGAGGAGACAGACCAUGAGGAGACAGACCAGGAGGAGACAGACCAGGAGGAGACAGACCAUGAGGAGACAGACCAGGAGGAGACAGACCAGGAGGAGACAGACCAGGAGGAGACAGACCAGGAGGAGACAGACCAUGAGGAGACAGACCAGGAGGAGACAGACCAUGAGGAGACAGACCAUGAGGAGACAGACCAUGAGGAGACAGACCAUGAGGAGACAGACCAGGAGGAGACAGACCAGGAGGAGACAGACCAUGAGGAGACAGACCAGGAGGAGACAGACCAGGAGGAGACAGACCAGGAGGAGACAGGCCAUGAGGAGACAGACCAUGAGGAGACAGACCAGGAGGAGACAGACCAGGAGGAGACAGACCAGGAGGAGACAGACCAGGAGGAGACAGACCAUGAGGAGACAGACCAGGAGGAGACAGACCAGGAGGAGACAGACCAGGAGGAGACAGACCAUGAGGAGACAGACCAUGAGGAGACAGACCAGGAGGAGACAGACCAGGAGGAGACAGACCAUGAGGAGACAGACCAGGAGGAGACAGACCAGGAGGAGACAGACCAGGAGGAGACAGACCAUGAGGAGACGGACCAGGAGGAGACAGACCAGGAGGAGACAGACCAGGAGGAGACAGACCAGGAGGAGACAGACCAUGAGGAGACAGACCAGGAGGAGACAGACCAGGAGGAGACAGACCAGGAGGAGACAGACCAGGAGGAGACAGACCAUGAGGAGACAGACCAUGAGGAGACAGACCAGGAGGAGACAGACCAUGAGGAGACAGACCAGGAGGAGACAGACCAGGAGGAGACAGACCAUGAGGAGACAGACCAGGAGGAGACAGACCAGGAGGAGACAGACCAGGAGGAGACAGACCAGGAGGAGACAGACCAGGAGGAGACAGACCAGGAGGAGACAGACCAGGAGGAGACAGACCAUGAGGAGACAGACCAGGAGGAGACAGACCAGGAGGAGACAGACCAUGAGGAGACAGACCAUGAGGAGACAGACCAGGAGGAGACAGACCAUGAGGAGACAGACCAGGAGGAGACAGACCAGGAGGAGACAGACCAUGAGGAGACAGACCAGGAGGAGACAGACCAGGAGGAGACAGACCAGGAGGAGACAGACCAUGAGGAGACAGACCAUGAGGAGACAGACCAGGAGGAGACAGACCAGGAGGAGACAGACCAUGAGGAGACAGACCAGGAGGAGACAGACCAUGAGGAGACAGACCAGGAGGAGACAGACCAGGAGGAGACAGACCAGGAGGAGACAGGCCAGGAGGAGACAGACCAGGAGGAGACAGACCAGGAGGAGACAGACCAGGAGGAGACAGACCAGGAGGAGACAGACCAGGAGGAGACAGACCAGGAGGAGACAGACCAUGAGGAGACAGACCAGGAGGAGACAGACCAGGAGGAGACAGACCAGGAGGAGACAGACCAUGAGGAGACAGACCAGGAGGAGACAGACCAUGAGGAGACAGACCAGGAGGAGACAGGCCAGGAGGAGACAGACCAGGAGGAGACAGACCAGGAGGAGACAGACCAGGAGGAGACAGACCAGGAGGAGACAGACCAUGAGGAGACAGACCAGGAGGAGACAGACCAGGAGGAGACAGACCAUGAGGAGACAGACCAGGAGGAGACAGACCAGGAGGAGACAGACCAUGAGGAGACAGACCAGGAGGAGACAGACCAGGAGGAGACAGACCAUGAGGAGACAGACCAUGAGGAGACAGACCAGGAGGAGACAGACCAGGAGGAGACAGACCAUGAGGAGACAGACCAUGAGGAGACAGACCAGGAGGAGACAGACCAGGAGGAGACAGACCAUGAGGAGACAGACCAGGAGGAGACAGACCAGGAGGAGACAGACCAGGAGGAGACAGACCAGGAGGAGACAGACCAUGAGGAGACAGACCAGGAGGAGACAGACCAUGAGGAGACAGACCAUGAGGAGACAGACCAUGAGGAGACAGACCAUGAGGAGACAGACCAGGAGGAGACAGACCAGGAGGAGACAGACCAUGAGGAGACAGACCAGGAGGAGACAGACCAGGAGGAGACAGACCAGGAGGAGACAGGCCAUGAGGAGACAGACCAUGAGGAGACAGACCAGGAGGAGACAGACCAGGAGGAGACAGACCAGGAGGAGACAGACCAGGAGGAGACAGACCAUGAGGAGACAGACCAGGAGGAGACAGACCAUGAGGAGACAGACCAGGAGGAGACAGACCAGGAGGAGACAGACCAGGAGGAGACAGACCAUGAGGAGACAGACCAUGAGGAGACAGACCAUGAGGAGACAGACCAUGAGGAGACAGACCAGGAGGAGACAGACCAGGAGGAGACAGACCAUGAGGAGACAGACCAGGAGGAGACAGACCAGGAGGAGACAGACCAGGAGGAGACAGGCCAUGAGGAGACAGACCAGGAGGAGACAGACCAGGAGGAGACAGACCAGGAGGAGACAGACCAGGAGGAGACAGACCAGGAGGAGACAGACCAGGAGGAGACAGACCAUGAGGAGACAGACCAUGAGGAGACAGACCAGGAGGAGACAGACCAGGAGGAGACAGACCAUGAGGAGACAGACCAGGAGGAGACAGACCAGGAGGAGACAGACCAGGAGGAGACAGACCAGGAGGAGACAGACCAGGAGGAGACAGGCCAUGAGGAGACAGACCAUGAGGAGACAGACCAGGAGGAGACAGACCAGGAGGAGACAGACCAGGAGGAGACAGACCAGGAGGAGACAGACCAUGAGGAGACAGCCCAGGAGGAGACAGACCAGGAGGAGACAGACCAGGAGGAGACAGACCAGGAGGAGACAGACCAGGAGGAGACAGACCAGGAGGAGACAGACCAGGAGGAGACAGACCAUGAGGAGACAGACCAGGAGGAGACAGACCAGGAGGAGACAGACCAUGAGGAGACAGACCAGGAGGAGACAGACCAGGAGGAGACAGACCAUGAGGAGACAGACCAGGAGGAGACAGACCAGGAGGAGACAGACCAGGAGGAGACAGACCAUGAGGAGACAGACCAUGAGGAGACAGACCAGGAGGAGACAGACCAUGAGGAGACAGACCAGGAGGAGACAGACCAGGAGGAGACAGACCAGGAGGAGACAGACCAGGAGGAGACAGACCAUGAGGAGACAGACCAGGAGGAGACAGACCAGGAGGAGACAGACCAGGAGGAGACAGCCCAGGAGGAGACAGACCAGGAGGAGACGGACCAGGAGGAGACAGACCAGGAGGAGACAGACCAUGAGGAGACAGACCAUGAGGAGACAGACCAGGAGGAGACAGACCAGGAGGAGACAGACCAGGAGGAGACAGACCAGGAGGAGACAGACCAUGAGGAGACAGACCAGGAGGAGACAGACCAGGAGGAGACAGACCAGGAGGAGACAGACCAUGAGGAGACAGACCAGGAGGAGACAGACCAUGAGGAGACAGACCAGGAGGAGACAGGCCAGGAGGAGGACAGACCAGGAGGAGACAGACCAGGAGGAGACAGACCAGGAGGAGACAGACCAGGAGGAGACAGACCAGGAGGAGACAGACCAGGAGGAGGAGACAGACCAGGAGGAGACAGACCAUGA